AUGCCUAACGAUACUUUCACCAUUGAUGGCCAGACCUGGCCUCGUCCCGGCUUUGGAGCUAUGGGUUAGUCGGGUUUCUAAAGUGGGGACAGCAACCAUGAAAUUAUGACGUUGAGCCACGCUCACAUGCCCGCAAACACCACUUGUUCUCUUUCCUUCAACACCAGGUCUCUCUGCUUUCUACGGCAAGACCAACUUUAAGGAGGCUCAGCACACCCUCCGUGCCGCCAUCGAGUCGGUAAGGUCCCCACGCCGUCGACCUUGACCCAACAUGUCCGACUGCCCCUCACUCUCGAGAUCGGGCUCCGGGCUCGAGGGUGGCCGGAAUGCACAGCGCUGAUCCCUGGCCAUCUCUCACAGGGCUGCACGGUGUGGAACACCGCCGAUGUGUAAGCGUUCACGCAUCAUAUUUGUCAUCGUCACCUUCUCGAAGCUGGCAUUGACCUUUGGUCGAUCCCCCACUCCAGCUACGGCUUCGGCAAGAAUGAAGAAUUGAUCUCGUCCAUCCUUGCUUCGGACCCCGAGUUGCGCAAAAAGGUUUUUCUCGUCAGCAAGUGGGGUUUGAGGUGGGGGAGCAACAUCCCGGGUGGAUUCAAGGUCGAUGGUAGCCCAGAGUACUUGGAACAAGCGAUCGAAGCGAGCAUCAAAAGGCUCGGCUUCACCCCCGAUGCGUACCUUCUGCACCGAGUGGAUCCCCAGACGUGAGUGCAACCCUGUUCUCCCCUAUCAAGAUUGCUUUCUCCAAGAUGUACUCAUUUCCCCCUCAUACACACUGAAACGGAAUAGCAAUAUUGAAGAGUCGAUCCGAGCGAUGGACAAGGCCCGCAAAGCCGGCAAAUUCAAGUACCUCGGCGUAUCCGAAUGCUCGGCGGCCACGCUCCGCAAGAUCAGCAAGAUCACCAAGAUCGACUUCAUCGAGGUCGAAUGUUGGUUUGGCAGGACAAGCGCAGAUGACCGGCCUAUUCUCGCGAGUGGAGCUGAUUAGAUUCUUCAUUUGGUCGACCAUCCUGCAGACUCGCUCUGGACGCUCGACAUGGAGCGCAACGGCGUGCUGGAGGCUUGCAAAGAGCUUGGUGUUCUUGUCAACGCCUACUCGCCCCUCGGGCGAGGUAAGCAGUGGAAUCUGAAAGCCCCUCGACCGGCGAGGUCCUAACGGUGCACGACCCCUUGCCUCCAGGCUUCUUGACCGGUCGUUACAAGACCGCCGCAGACUUCAAGAACGACGAGGACUGGCGUGCUAGUUUGCCCCGCCUGCAAGAGGAGGUCUUUGAGCAGAACUACAAAAUCGUCGAGGAAAUUGAAAAGAUCGCUCAGCGUAAGGGCUGCACCAAGGGUCAGCUCGCGCUCGCAUGGUUGCUCGCUCAAGGGGACAACAUCAUCCCUAUUCCCGGAGUGAGUCUUGUGGAACCAGUAUUCCUCGAAUUCUACGCUUUUCGACUGACUGAGCAAAUGAUGAUUCGUCCCAUCCACAGACCAAGAGCGAGAAGUACUUACUCGAAAACUUUGCCUCGCGCAAGAUCGAGCUCACGGAUGAAGAGGUCAAGGAAUUGAGGACGAUUGCGGAGAAGCAUGAGCCGGUUGGUACGAGGUACCAGGAAUCUGGUAUGGGUAUUUUGGAGGGCUGA